CUGGAAACUGAAGAUAGACACUGCUGCUAUUCUUCCCAGUCCAGAUAGACUGCGCCUACUCAGGAAGGUCCUGCGAUGCGGCUGAAGCUCUCCGGCCACUGACCGCCGUGAGCCCCUCCGGGCCCCACUUCCCGAGCCGGCCAUGUCGAUCAUGGACCACAGCCCCACCACCGGGGUGGUGACGGUCAUCGUCAUCCUGAUCGCCAUUGCGGCGCUGGGUGCCCUGAUCCUCGGCUGCUGGUGCUACCUGCGCCUCCAGCGCAUCAGCCAGUCGGAGGACGAGGAGAGCAUCGUGGGCGAGGGGGAGACCAAGGAGCCCUUCCUGCUGGUCCAGUACUCGGCCCGCGGGCCCUGCACGGAGAGGAAAGCCAAGCUCACGCCCAACGGCACCGAGGCCCACAGCUAACUGGCGGCGGGGGAGAGGAGCGUACCCGGAUGGCCGGGGCCGGAGAGGACCCAGGCGGGGGGCACCGCUCUGCCGAGGAGUCCGGGGUUUGAGGAGACAUUUUUUGGCUACCUGUGGAUCUGCAGUGCACUGAGGCGGCCGAGGUUCCCGGCGGCUGCUCCGGGACUGGCCGAGUCUGCUAUCGUUUCCCGGCAGGAGGUCCGUUGCCGGCAGUGGACAGAUGCCGGGGGGCGGCGGCGGCAGCGCAAACCGAGGCUGGCCCUGCCCGUUACUUGAAUCCUUCACUGAGCCUCUUCGGGACGGAACCAGCCCCUUGAAAUGUGAACUGAACACAACUGUGAACCUGUGUGCGCGCGCAUGUACAUAAAUGGGGGCGGGUGGGUUGUAUUUCGGGCCUGUUCCGCAGCAUAUGGGAGCGGCACGAAUACCCUUCGCGUGAGCAGUGGUCUUGGGGUAAGGAGACGCAUGACCGCCGAUGGGAUUUCUCCGAAACCA